AUGGACGAAUUUCUGCUACAAAAAGGAAGACCAAUAGAAGAUAUAUCGUUAUUUCCAGUAGAAAGAUAUCCCAAUCAAACAAUACAAGAUAGAGAUUUAUGUCAAGAAGAAACAUUACCUAUACAAUAUCUAACACAAUCAUACCUAGUAGAACAUUCACAUCUAUACGUAAACUGGACUGGUAUAGAUGUAGAAUCUGGUAUUUAUGAUUAUCAGUUUGGUUUAUCAUCAGAGAGAGAUUCUAUACCUGAUUUAUUACCAUUUCAAUCUACAAAUCAUCAUGCCUGGUACCGUGGUUAUCAUCCACAACUUACUGAUGGUACAGAAUUCUUUAUUCAUAUUAAAGCUAAUAAUAAAGCUGGACUAGAAACAAUUCAGACCCUUGGACCACUGAUAGUUCAUACUUCUAAACCGAAAUUUAGUGGUAAAAUAGAUGUCGUACUAGACAAUAAUCUGUUGGUAGCCAAUUGGUCCAAUGCUGUAGUUAAAGAUCCUGGUCACAGUCAACUGAGAUAUACAGCAGCUAUUGGUACAACUAAAGGCGGUCAACAAAUCGCCACGUUUUCAGAUUUAAACUUCUAUGUACCCUGUCUUGAAGCCUUACUACCCACCUGUACUGUAUUUGAUAUUAUGAAAUUAGACUGGAGUUUACACCAUGGAUAUAAAUAUUAUAUAUCUAUUAAAAUAGAAAAUACAGUUGGUCUUCAUACAGUAAUAUCAUCAGAACCUUUAACAUAUAAAUCAUUAUUACCAUCUAAAGGUGUGGUAAUUGAUGUUGGGUUAAAGAGUGAAAUGGACUUCUUCAAUAUUUUGGAACUUGAAGACAGUGACUAUCAACUAUCUACUAGUAUGGUUAGUGUACGAUGGUAUGGAUUUGAAUCUGAAGAAGAAAUAUCUACAGGUAUUAAUUAUAAAGUAGGAAUAAGGAGAGAGAAUGACAGUGAAUUUAUACAAUCUGUUCAUGUCAGUCAACAAACUGAAUACACCUUCAUUGGUCUACAGUUACAACAUUAUCAGAAAUAUAUUGUAUCAGUAACUGCUACAGUAGUUGGUGUUGGUAGUGUGACAUCAUCAUCUGAUGGAAUAACAGUUGUUGAAAUAUCAGAAGAUUUGAGUGAUGAAGUGGAAUUAAAAGAUGGCGCUGCUUGUUUUAAUCAAGCUGAUUUGAAAGCCAACCAUUACCACAAUUCUACUAUCAUCUAUUGUGGAGAACCUGGUUAUCAACCAUCUAGUUCUAGUUACAGUGUAAAGUGGAAUAUUUCUAGUAGAUAUCAUGAUAUAUAUUCUCACAUUAAAUGGUCUUUACAAAAACGACAUCAAAAUACUGAUAUAUGGCUGAAAGAAUACGAAAAAGAACUAUACACAAGAGAUAGAAUGCUGACACUACCAUACCGUUUAGAAGUUUGUGAAUCGUAUCGAAGUAAAUUACAAUUUUGUACUGAUAACGUUUGUUCUAAACCUGUUUAUUCGGAAGGUAUGACCAUCCUAGGAAAACCUGACAAACCAAAAAUGGAAGCUUCGUUGACGACAGAUCGGGAGCUUGAUGUAACAUUAGAGUUUACAAAAACCAGUGAAUCUUGUAAUAAUAUAAUUAAAAGACUAGAAUGGAGUAUAACAGAUAAUCACAAUGAACGACUGUAUACAUUUUGGAAGAAAGAUGAGGGGAUUGUUAAUAAUGACAAGAUUCAAUUGAAAAUAAUGCUAGAUGGUAAAAUAAACUCUAAUAAAUGUAGAAGAUUGGCUCUACGACUAUUUAACAAGGCAGGAUUAUCAACCUUGAUCUCUAAACAGAUUCAAAACUGCUCAGCUGUAGAUCCAAUAUUGAUACGACAAGCUAUAGUUCUGGAUGCUGUUAGACAAGUGAAUAGAAAUGGAAUCAAACUAGAUCAAAAUGCCAGGUGGAAUGAGCCGGAUGUGGACUAUACUCCCUAUUAUGAUAUAAUAUCUGCUGUAUGGCCGACAUUGAGACAUAGAAACUAUACGUGGGGAUUAUUAGAGGGUCCAUUACAACUUACGUCAACUUUAUACAGUAAUCCUGAUAUCAUUAUACCAGAUCCUUGUUCUCAUCCUGCUAUUGUCAUCUGUGGACUAUCAGAUAAAGAAUAUAUAAAUAUAAAACCACCACAACUAUUAAAACAUGGUAGAAGAUAUCAUGUUUGUCUUCAUGCUGAUUCUACAACACUACAACAUGAGAAAUGGGAUGAAGAUCUAGAAGAAAUUAAUAGUUGUAGUGAUGGUAUAACAGUUGAUUUAACUCCCCCUAGUGGAGGUCGAGUCUGGAUACAAACAGAUACUAAUACUAACUAUCAGGUGUCUAUUAAUACUCUGGUUGUAUUCUGGGAUUCAUUUAUUGAUGUAGAAGAAGAAGGAGGAGCUGUACAUCCUAGUGGAAUCUCACAUUAUAUUAUACAAAUAGGCUCUUCAAGUUCUAGGUCUGAUGUAUUAUCACCUGUUUCUGUUGGUCUUAUAAAUCACCAAGUUUUUCAUAACUUAACCCUACAAAAUGGUCACCAAUACUUCGCUACAGUCACAGGAAAUUGGAAGGGAAGUUUUAAAGAUAGUGAAAGUGGUAUUAAAUUCUAUAAAUGGUCAGUAGGUAGUAGAGGUACCACAGACGUAUUAAAAACAAGAGAAACAGUUGAAGAUUGUGAUGAAGCUACGCUAGAUGUUAAAUUACAGGACGGUUUUACUUAUUAUAUCAAUGUUCAGGCCAUGAAUGGAGUUGGAAUGUCUACCAUGUUAAUAUCACGACCACUAAUAGUGGAUACAACACCACCAAUAACAGGAUUAGUAUUGGAUGGUAUUUCUGGUGAUAACAACAUAGCGGAUAUUGAUUAUAUCUCUAAUACUCUACCACCUUCUGUUAGAUGGGAAAGAUUUCAUGAUCCCCAUUCGUCUAUUAAACAUUAUUCUGUUCAAAUAGGAACUUGUCCUGGAUGUGAUGAUGUUUUACUACAAACAGAAACUCGAACCUCUCAUAAUUUUACUUUCACUAACAUCAGAUUUAUACCCGGUAUGAAAUAUUUUACCAUGGUAACAGGAUGUAAUAUGGCAGAACUUUGUUCUUCAAUAUCUACUGAUGGUUUUAUUAUUGACGUAACACCUCCAAAAAGAGGCCACGUGAUAGAUGGAACUAGAGAUGCUGACAUUGACUUUCAGGCUUCAAGUAAAUACAGGGUAAAGGUUAUCGGUUGUAAUUUAGCGGGAUUAUGUACAUUUUCUGUAUCGGAUGAUAUAUUAGUUGAUACAACACCUCCGACUAGAGGAACAUUUGCAAUGGAAUCGAACCAUGCUGCCAAUGUAAUCAGACAUCCCGGUAGAUGGAUCGAAUGGAACACAACAUCAUUGACUAUAGCUUGGCUAGGAUUUUCAGAUCUUCAUAGUGGUGUACAGUAUUAUCUUGUAUCUGUUGGUACCAAACCAUUUUAUACUGAUUUAAAUAAGGAUGGUAAAACUGUGAAAUAUUUCCAUGAGGAUGGUAUAUUAUUUGAAAAUGAAGGAGAAUUACAAAUUAAAACAGUUGAAACAGCAGGAAAUCUUGUCCAUGGAAUGUCUGUUUUUAUAUCUAUUGUAGCUGUUAAUGGGGUAGGACUCAAGAGUCAACCAAUUCACAAUGAAUUUCAACUAGUACGUGCUGACCUCAGAACAAACAAUAAUGGUUCAUUGGUGAGAAGAUGUCGGCCAUAUAACUGUGAAGGUCACUGUGUUUGUAGUGAACAAGAUAGAACAUGUUCUUUACCAGAUGGUUGUAUAACAAAUGUUCAAACUAAUUAUACACCAACUAAUAUGUUUCUAUCUGCUAAAUGGAGACUUUUAACCAAUACAACAUCCCAACCUAUCAGGUAUGAAGUAAGUCUAGGUCUAUCUGUAAAAAGCCAGCCCAGUGGUGUGUUUGAUUCAGCAACAGAACGAUAUUGGUUUGAUGUUGGUCAAGAUAUGAGUACCAUUAUUACACUACCCAAAGAUAAUACCCUACAUGAUAACCUGGUCUAUUCAGUAUUUGUAAGAGCGUGGUAUGAUGAUAAAAGAUAUUAUGUUUAUAAAUCACCUGGUAUCACUGUUGUCUCUAAACCACCAACUCUGACUUAUAUUAGAGGAGCAACUGUUAAAGAAUUAGAACAGACAACUAGUAAUAAAGAUAUUGACUACCAAAUAAACAACAAUACAAUAAUAGUUGGUUGGAAAGAUAAAUUUAAUGGUGGAAUUCAUGGUGUAGAUUAUUACCAGGUUUAUAUCAGUACACAUCCACAAGGUCACAAUAUCCAUAGGAGUGACUCACAAUUAUCGCCACAGCAGAAAUCAUUCAGUAUAUCUGGAUUAAAGUUACAAGAAAAUAAGGUAUAUUACAGCACAGUUUUAGCCUUUAACAAAGCUGGGUUUUGUAGCUGGAGCACCAGUGAUGGCAUCAUAAUUGAUUCUACACCACCUUCAACUGGUAUCAUACAUGAUGGAUUAGACCAUCACGACUCUGAAUACCAGUCAUCUGAAAGCUGGCUUGCUGCCUCGUGGUAUGGUUUCCCUGAUAUAGGAUCAGGUAUUGUGAAUUAUAUCUGGUGUGUUGGUAGACAGAAUGACUCCACUACUUGUGAUAUAUUACCAUGGACUAAUGUUGGUUUGAAAAUAAAAACCACUGAUAUAUCACCUAUGGAAUUGCAUUCAGGAGAUAAGAUCUAUAAUAAAGUGUAUGCUGUAGACGGUAGUGGUUUACAAUCACAAGUUGCUGUCUCUAAUGGGAUUAUUAUUGAUACUUCACCACCUGAAGCAAGUUACCUGGAAUUUAUUGGAGAAAAUCUCAUCCUUAAUCCCUCAUUUGAAUCAACAUCUGAUGACACAACAACUUCUUGUAAUUCUAACAUCCCAGAACAUUGGUCUACAGAUUCACAAUCUUGUGUUAAAACUCGAUCAUCUCAACAUUCAACAGCUCAUGAUGGUGAAGUUUAUAUCACAAUAACAGAUCAGAUUCAACAAACCAUUCAAAAUCUAGAUACAGAUUGUUCUUAUCAGCUUACUGUACAUGUUGGUUAUCCACAUGACAUCUUACUAUCGAAUCAUAUGGUAGAAGGUUUUAUUAGAUUAGGACAUGAAAUAAACAGUUUUAAACUGAAUCCAGAUCUCUGUCAGGGUGAAUGUUCUCAACAUGUCGAUGUGAUUCAUUGGUAUAAAUUCACCUAUAUUUAUCAACCAAUAAAUACACGAGAGAAAUUAGUAAUUGGUACAACAAGAAAUACUAUGAUAUUGGCUAUAGAUGAUCUAGAACUCAGAAAAAUAAAUCAUAUAUCAUUGAAAGAUACCAACAAUAAUCAUAUAGUAUAUCACCCGACUUUUACACCUCACUGGUCUUCCGUACAUUUUAACUGGUAUAUUAAAGAUAGGGAAAGUUAUAUUGUUGAGUAUCAGUGGGCUCUAGGUACAGUGAAAGGUGGAACUCAGAUCAGAGAAUUUACAACCACUGGUGAUAGAAACCACGUGACCAUUUCUAAUCUACGUUUGGUUCACAACACUCGGCUAUAUUUCACUGUUCAAGCCCGAAAUGGUGCUGGUCUGAUAUCUGUAUCACAUAGCGACUUUAUAUUAGUAGACACUACCCCUCCUGUUGUUAUAUUUAUAUAUGACGGUACAGUAAACACUACACCUUCUGUUGUUAUUUAUAUACAUGACGGUACAGGUGGAGAUGUAGAUUACCAGACUCGUAAUGUUAUUGAUGUUAAUUGGAAAAUAGAAGAUCCAGAAUCUGAUAUUGACUAUUGUAUAUGGGCUAUAGGUUCUGUGCGAGGAGGAAAUGAUAUACAGAAGUUUACAAGAAUACAGAAAGACGAGAAUAAAGCUAGUAGAGAAUAUACUGAGAGAGAACCUAUAAAAGUUUAUUCUACUAUUAGAUGUUAUAAUAAAGUUGGUCUACAAGUAACAGUAACAACUGAUGGUGUUCAACUCAUUGAUUCUAGUGAACUUAUUAUUAGUAGUGGGCAGAUAACUCUUUUACCACAGGCAACAACCCAAUAUCAAAUAUCACAAUAUUGUCUUUCACUACAACACUCACUUGGUAUUCAGUGGCAGUUUGAUUCUAACAACUAUCAGUCUACAUCAGUUAUGGUCGGACUAUCUACUGAUGAUUAUCAACUAGAGAAAGAGAUAGAUGAAACUGGUAUUAACUAUGAUGGUGUUAAAUUACAAGGAUUAAAAAGGAAACCAGAGACAAAUUAUAUGGUGAAUAUUUCUGGUAUUUUACUGGGCAGAUUGAAUAAUUAUAUAAAUCAGACUUUCUCUACUGGUUAUCAACCACCCAGUGUUAAAGAAGAUGGAGAUAUCAAAAUAGCCAAGACAUUAGAUGGUUUAACAUUAAUGAUAUCCUGGACAAAUAUAUUUGAAUCAUACUGGAAAGAUUUAACCUAUGAAGUUAGUCUUGGUACCAAACAAGGUGGUGGAGAUGUUAUACAGUGGCAAGAAACAAAAGAUGACAGACUCCGUUUGACAUUACCUAAAUAUUGGAAAUAUAAAUAUUUAUAUCUAUCUCUUACUGCAGUAGAUCCUUGUGGUUUAUAUACUAAUACUCAGAAAAUUGUGGUAUUGUAAAUUUAUUCGAUCAAAGUAUAUGUACUGAAGCCUCUUGAAAUCUGUUAUAUAUUUCAAUCGUAUUGACGUUUUAAUUUUGUAAAUUACUGUAUCGUUCAGUUAGUGUACAAUCGUAUUUUAAAUAUCAUAAUGAAAUAUAUUAUAUCUUUAAUAAAUCACUUACAUUGUAUUUGUUUACUAUAAACGUUAACUACUG